AUGGUGUUAGUAUCGUUAUUUAGCACAGGUAAAAGAAAAUAUGAUAACUAUAAAUUGGGCUAUAUACCCUCUCUUUGUUCACUUACUUGUCACGCCAUCUUCUUCGAUUCUUUUAAAUUCAAUUUGUUAUCUCAUACCUGCCAAACUCUUCCCGACAAUGGCUUCCACGUCACGACCAAUCCUCCCAAUCUCCACCUCUCAAACUACUCCUACUUCAAAGUGAACUACCUCGCCGUCGCGACGGCGAUCGUCGGGUUCUCUUUGGUGACUCAUCCUUUCCCCCUCGCCUUCCUCCUCUGUCUCCUCGCUUCUUGGCUCUUCUUCUACCUCCUCCGUCCUUCCGAUCACCCCGUCGUCGUCUUUGGGCGUACGUUCUCUGAUAUGGAGACGCUUGGGUGCUUGAUCUUGUUUAGCGUCUUUGUGGUGUUUCUUACUGACGUUGGAUCCGUUCUUGUGUCGGCUGUGAUGGUCGGCGUCGCGUUGGUAUGUGCUCACGGCGCGUUUAGGGCUCCGGAAGAUUUGUUCUUGGAUGAGCAAGAGACGGCAGCUACUGGUUUUCUCUCUUUCCUCGGUAACGCCUCCUACUCCGCCGCGCCUGCCGUCGUUGCCGCUCGUGCCUAAGUAUAUAAUCUUGUUUUUAUUUCUUAUCUUUGCAUGUAAGUAUAUGUUUUACAACUUUUGUCUAAUCUUUAGCUUCUUCAACCUUUACGAUCUAUAACAGUCUAAUUGUGUUGGAAGAGUUGGAUCUGUUUUCAAGAUUUGAGCUUUGUUUCUCUUGGAUCUUGUUGAAAUAGUAGUCGACCUUUUGUAUGGGGAUAUCCAAAGUUAUAAGUUUUUGAACCUCCCCAUCAUAGAAGCAAAUACAAUAGGUGAUAAUGAAGGUUCUCUAAGAUGUUUCGUUGGUAACUGAGUGAAAUGAGCUAAGACAUGAAAACAGCAGCGUAGGAUUUAAAUUUUACAAGAAAUGAUAAUUCAAAGAGAACAAUGUGUUUGCCUUAUUGGGUGUUUCGUCUAGGUUCUAAUAAGGGACUUCUGAAUUUGGCUGCUGCGAUCAGUCUGAAGAUAAUGCUUACUUUCCAAUGGGAUAACUACUUUUCACAUAUUGUUUUUUUGCCAAGGCAAUAAACUACGGUUUGAAAUGGGAAGACUCCAAUUAAUGUCAAACCUUGAGGUAACAUUGGACAGAAAAAUAAUCUAACUUCUCAACAUAUCUUUGAUCUUGUCGUACCAUGAAAACAGAAUAAGAAAAAAAAACGAUAUCUUUAACUGCCAACAACAUCGUUUUCUUAUAUAGUCACUUUAAUUUCAUCACUUAUAAUAUAUUUUCUAUAAUAUAUGAUCUAUGUAUAAAGUUUAUGAGUUUGGGAAGAGACCAACUUUCUUUAAUAAGUGGGAAAAUGUCGAAUGGUAACUUGCGCCACAAGCCUGAACUUUUAAAAGGAAUGUUUAGUUUGAAGUGUGAAUGGCUACGAAAAAGAUUUAUACUAUUAGGUGACAAUCCACCUUAGUUGAUAUUUAGAGUUUUGGCUUAGGGUACAAGCCACCAAUUUGACAUCUUCCAUAACACAAAAGUUAAUAAAUUAUGAAAAAGUCUUUUUUUUUUGUCAAAACAAGUCUUAAUCGCAAAGAAAUCAAAUAACAUAUAAUAUCCCAAGUUAAUUUUUUUUUACUAGA